UUUGUAAAUUUUGAGUUGUCACAUCAAAUAACUUUUUUUUUCUAAAAAAGUCAAAUCAAUUCUUAGCCAUUUCCCAUUUUAUUGCAGCAAAUAACCAAAGAAAAUGUCAUCGAAAAAUGCAUCAAAGAAAUCUAAAUGGUCACUUGACUUUAGUUCAAAACAAAACACAGAUUUGCCAUCGCCACCAGGUUACAAUCAUUCGACACUGAUUAGCCAGACCGAAGUUGUUAAAGACCAUCACUUAAUCAUAAAGAAAUCAUGGGACCUGGCAUUAGGACCAUUGAAACAGAUUCCAAUGAAUCUCUUCAUAAUGUACAUGUCUGGUAAUUCGAUUUCCAUUUUCCCCAUUAUGAUGGUCGGCAUGAUGCUCAUACGACCAAUCAAAGCCAUGUUUUCAACACAAACUACAUCUAAAUUGGCCGACGGAGCCCAGGGCAGUGGACAAAAGUUAGUUUAUUUCUUGGGAAAUUUAGCAAAUGUUGCCUUGGCGCUGUAUAAAUGCCAGAGUAUGGGACUAUUGCCGACUCAUGCCUCGGAUUGGUUAGCAUUUGUGGAGCCUCAGACGAGACUGGAAUACUAUGGCGGAGGGGUGUCGUUUAUCUAAAAAAACACAAACAUUACUUUAACUAGCUAAAAAUAUAUUUCCAUUUUAUGUUCGGUCGGAUUUAGUAAUGAAAUUAUUUAUGUUUUGAUUGUCAAUAAAAAUAUAAGGAGAGUAGACAUUUA